UCUCGGCACAGCAACUCGGCGGCUAGACAGCGGGGCCGGCGCGAUUAUGCCGGUCACCGGGAAGACUUUCCGCCGGCGCCGGGUCGACUCGGAGUCGGAGGAAGAUGAACAGGACUCAGAGGAGGUUCGGUGCGUUUGGGGCGGGCUUCCACAGGGAGGGAGAGAGAGGCAGCCUAGGGGGACUCACCACCCGCCAGGCACCUCGUUGACAACAUUGCUAGCUUUGAGUCGGGCUGUCAUCGCCUUCUACGAACGAAGAAACUGAGGCUCCUAGGGAUGAGGCCGCCGCCCCAAGGUCUCAUGGUUGCGAGAGAUGCCCCUGGACCACAGAGGUGCAGCGGAUCACACCCCCGUUGGGUCUAGACGCAGAGUCACCCUCUGGACCACUGCGGGCGUCUCGGCAGCGGGGCAGGGGUGUCCGUCGAAGCUGCCUUUUGACUCUGAGUUCCGUGGAGGGUCUCUAAGCCUGUGUAUUGCCUUUUUUUUUUUCUUUUUUCUUUUUUUAAGAUUAAAACUGGAAGAGACCCGAGAGGUGCAGAACUUGAGGAAGAGGCCGAAUGGGGUGAGUGCUGUAGCCCUGCUGGUGGGAGAGAAAGUACAAGAAGAGACCACUCUAGUGGAUGAUCCCUUUCAAAUGAAGACAGGCGGGAUGGUGGACAUGAAGAAGCUAAAGGAAAGGGGCAAAGAUAAGAUAAGUGAAGAGGAGGAUCUCCAUCUGGGGACGUCGUUUUCUGCAGAAACCAACCGAAGGGACGAGGAUGCCGACAUGAUGAAGUACAUUGAGACAGAGCUGAAGAAGCGGAAAGGGAUCGUGGAACACGAGGAACAGAAAGUCAAGCCAAAGAAUGCAGAGGACUGCCUUUACGAACUGCCAGAAAACAUCCGGGUUUCCUCAGCAAAGAAGACUGAGGAGAUGCUGUCCAACCAGAUGCUGAGCGGCAUCCCGGAGGUGGACCUUGGCAUCGAUGCUAAAAUAAAAAAUAUCAUUUCCACGGAGGAUGCCAAGGCCCGUCUGCUGGCAGAGCAGCAGAACAAGAAGAAAGACAGUGAGACAUCCUUCGUGCCCACCAACAUGGCUGUGAAUUACGUGCAGCACAACCGAUUUUAUCACGAGGAGCUCAAUGCUCCCAUACGGAGAAACAAAGAAGAGCCCAAAGCCCGACCCUUGAGAGUGGGGGACACGGAGAAGCCGGAGCCUGAGCGGUCCCCUCCCAACCGCAAGCGUCCUGCUAACGAGAAGGCCACAGACGACUAUCACUACGAGAAGUUCAAGAAGAUGAACAGGCGGUACUGAGGGAGGCUAAAGGGGAGAGGUGCAGAGUGGGAUGUAAAUAGUGUCAGUCACUCCCUUUAUCUCCAUGAUAAAGGCUUCCUGGACAGAAGCCUGCUCAUCAACUAGCAGACAGUUCCCCAAACAGACUCUGGCAGUCCUGCUGCUUACCUGAGGGAGUUUUCACGCACUGAAUUUGUAACCUUUUGAAACAAUGUGUAGUUUUCCUAUUUGGGGACAAACUCUAUUCUUGUGAGCAUUAUUAAAUCUCCUUUGUAAAUAUAUUGACUUUCUCCUAAUAUUUGCCCUGGGUGAGGAGGAAAGAGCUGUGUGUUUCAGGGUGAGAUAAUACCCUUUAGAUUGUGCUUUUAUUAUUAGAUAUGCAGUCACAUCUCCUACUUUCAAGUAUCUGGAGUGGGAUUCAGAAAUGUAUCCUUCACUGUUUACAGUGGAUCCAGAUGACAGCAGAAAAAUCUAGGAUGAGAUCAAAGGGACACUGGUAUUUCCUGACUUUUACAAAGUUACCUGUUUCUUUUCAUUAAGAAAGAAGAAACAAUUUCUAUCACUUUAAGUAUUAAAUAUGAAAUGGACCCA